AUGUCUAAAGUCUCAGUCGCCUUUUUCGGAAUCACUGGAUUCUUGGGAAACCCAAUCAUCGAAGCUUUUGAAACUGGUAAGUUCGACGACAAGAUCGAACUUCCCAUCAAGGUUGUAACCAGAAAGGAGUUGCCAUCCACCGACAGAAUUCAAUAUAUUGUUGGAAACUUGGACGAUGAACUGGUUGAUAGUUUGGCACAGAAAUUGGAUGGUACUGAUGUCAUUGUCGAGUUGCUUGCUGUGAACCCUGCUUUAUUCAAAAUCGUCGAGAAGAUUGUUCAGAAGGUUAGGCCAAAGUUGUUCAUUCCUUCCGAAUUCGGUGUUGAUAUUGAUCAAGUCAACACAUAUGUCCCUGGAUUCUGGAGUGUCAAGUCGGAUCACGUUGAACAUGUAAGAGAGUCUGGAAUUAAGACUGUUAGCGUUGUCACUGCCGAGUUUGCAGUUCCAGGUAGUUUCUUAUAUGAGUGGGUUGCACAAGUUGGAAUUGACGUAAAGGAAAAGACCAUCACCCAUUUUGGUGACCCAAACACAAAGAUUACAAUCUGUAAAUUGGCAGACAUUGCUAAUUCUGUUCUCUCUUUGAUUACUUUGGAUCCUCAAACUAUUCCCGACACCGUUAGAAUUCAGAGUGACGAAGUUACCUUCCAGGAUGUUAUUGACAGAUAUGUUCAAACUCACAACGUUGAAUUGAAGGUAGUCAAGACGAUCCCUAAGGAACAAGUGGCCAAGGACAUUUUAACCAGAUUUGAAAGUGGUUUCAGUCCAGAUGAUAUCUUUUUCUAUUUGCAAGCAAUUGCAUCUCAGGGUACCGAUAAAGGUAUGCACUUUACUGAGAUUCACAACGAAUUGGUCAACCCAGGAGAAUCUCUCUGGAAGUGGGAGAAGUUUUAG